AGAGAGAGAGAGAGAGAGAGAGAGAGAAGCUGAAAGCAGGGGAGAUGGAGAAUUGGGUUCGUGUGUUGCUGCUUGUGGUUUGCUUGUUUCCUGCCAUGGUUGAGUGUAGGGUUCGGAAUUACACGUUCCAUGUGGUGAUGAAGAACACCACAAGGCUGUGUUCAAGCAAGCCCAUUGUCACCGUUAACAGGCGUUUCCCAGGGCCCACACUGUACGCGAGGGAAGAUGAUAACGUGCUUGUUAAGGUCACUAACCAUGUCAAGUACAACGUUACAAUUCACUGGCAUGGGAUCCGACAGCUUCGAACGGGUUGGUCCGAUGGACCAGCAUACAUCACACAGUGCCCUAUCCAACCGGGUCAAUCGUACACCUACAACUUCACCGUCACUGGCCAAAGAGGCACACUUCUAUGGCAUGCACACAUCUCCUGGCUAAGGGCCACACUCCAUGGCGGCAUCGUCAUCUUGCCAAAGCGGGGCGUUCCUUACCCGUUCCCCAAACCCGAUGAGGAAGUGGUUGUCAUAUUAGGUGAAUGGUGGAAAUCGGACACCGAGGUAGUGAUCAACCAGGCCACGCAGUCUGGUGUGGCACCGAAUGUCUCUGAUGCACAUACAAUUAAUGGUCACCCUGGACCGCUCUCUCCUUGCUCUUCACAAGGAGGAGGAUUCAAGUUACAAGUAGAGAGUGGAAAGACAUACAUGCUACGCAUCAUCAACGCUGCACUGAACGAGGAACUCUUCUUCAAGGUCGCCGGACAUAACCUGACGGUGGUGGAAGUCGACGCCACCUAUACCAAACCCUUCACCACAGACACCCUACUAAUCACCCCUGGCCAGACCACAAAUGCCCUUCUCACCGCCGACCGUGGUUCCGGCAAGUACUUAGUUGCAGCCUCUCCUUUCAUGGACUCAAUAGUUGCAGUUGAUAACAUGACUGCAACAGCCACAGUUCAUUACUCUGGUACCUUAUCUUCUACUACAACCACCAUUACCCAACCUCCCCCACAGAAUGCAACACCAAUUGCAAACAAAUUCAUCAAUUCUCUCCUUAGCUUAAAUUCAAAACUAUAUCCAGCCAAGGUACCAUUAACUGUGGAUCAUAAUCUUCUAUUCACAGUUGGACUUGGUGUUAAUCCUUGUGCUACUUGUGUUAAUGGAAGCAAAGUAGUUGCAGCUAUUAACAAUGUCAGCUUUGUCAUGCCAACCUUUUCACUGCUUCAAGCACAUUACUUCAACAUUAGUGGAAUAUUCACUACUGAUUUCCCUGGAAACCCACCCAUCAUCUUCAAUUACUCCGGUAAUCCACCAGGUACUUCGCCGGCAAACAUGAACACCAUGAAUGGUACAAGGCUUUACAGGCUACCUUACAAUGCAACAGUAGAGCUUGUGUUACAAGACACAGGGAUCAUAGCUCCAGAGAAUCAUCCAAUCCAUCUUCAUGGCUUCAAUUUCUUCCAAGUUGGAAGAGGACUUGGGAAUUUCAAUCCAAAUAAGGAUCCCAAAAAUUUUAAUCUUGUUGAUCCAGUUGAAAGGAACACGAUUGGAGUUCCAUCAGGUGGUUGGACUGCUAUCAGAUUCACAGCUGAUAAUCCAGGUGUUUGGUUCUUGCAUUGUCAUCUAGAAGUGCACACGACAUGGGGACUUAAGAUGGCGUUUUUAGUAGAUAAUGGUAAAGGUCCCAAUGAAUCGCUCUUGCCACCACCAAGUGAUCUUCCAACUUGUUAAAGCAGAGCCGAAGGCUCCAUUAAUCAGAUAAUUUUUAGUGGAUUAAUUGUUGCAUAAGAUGAAGAGAAAGAAG